GAUCGUCUCCCUGUUUUUUUGGCUAGUCACCGCUUAAUCGGGUUGUACGUGCUAUACUCGUCUUUUGUUGUGGUUUUUAGUUGCGUUACUUAAUCUUAAGUAUUUUGAGUUUAGGUGCUUUGACAUUGUUCAAUCGCAGUUCGUUUUCUGUUAAUCGAAGCUACUGGUUUGAUUUCUUGAUCAAUAUUGGGUUGUUGGUCAUCAGUUUAGGUUAAUCUGUUUGUAAUGCACCAGCUUCUAGGGGAAGACGACUCGAGGUUUAUUAAUCACCGUUUUUGGGUUUAUCUAGUUUUUAAAAGAUUCUCCUUUGAGCUCAUUACUUUUUUUACUCAUGGUAAUCCCGAAGUUCUUUUUUAGCAACGAAGUUGUUCCUUCUGUUCAAGAAAGAUCCACUCUUGAUGUAACACCUGUCACUUCCCAAUGCUAAAAGAUACGUUUUAUUUAGGAUUUAAGGUUCAUGGAAUCACGGGCCUAAACUAAUACACAAAGCGUUUUACUUGGUAGGGCUAUUGUUACUAGUUCAUUCCUCAUAGCAUACUUCUUGGAGUUGGGGGAUAUUAGAAUCGAGGUGUAUUGGAUAGUCUGAAUCUGUUUUAGCAAAACCUGCAAAGCUAGUGAUGGCUCCCAAUCCCAGAGUUGCAAAAGCCUUUCGUGCUAUGAGAGAGAUCGGGAUUCCCGAAGAGAAAACAAAACCGGUGCUGAAAAACCUUCUUAAACUCUAUGAAAAGAAUUGGGAACUUAUUGAAGAAGAAAAUUAUCGAGCACUUGCAGAUGCUAUUUUUGACAGCGAGGAGGCAGAGACAGCAGAACAGAAGAAAAAGCAUGAUAUUGCUGAAGCUGAAGCAUUAGAACAGAAAAAGAAACUCGAGCUAGCUGAACGGAUGAAAGUUAUUGAAGAAGAAACACAAAUUCCAGAAGAGCCAGAAAGGCCUUUAAAGCGGUUGCGUUUAAGGCACCAAGAUGGACAUGCUUCACCCUCUUGCACCACCUCCAGCCCUAAUUCAAAUGGCACACCACUGAAAAAGCCAAAACUGGAGAUUGAUGACAUUCCUUAUGCUAUACCCCGGACUCGAUCACAUGCCAAAACUAAUGAAUCUCAGCUUGUUUCACCUCAAUCACAAAGUAGAAACAAGGGGAAGCAACCUGUUUCAGACUGUAACACUCAACCAGAUGUCACAAAUGAAACAGGAGGUGAUUCUGCUAUCCGAUCAAGGCAUCCGAAAGACAAAGGGAAAGAACCUUUUUUACCUCAAACUGGUUUUCAAGAAAAGAGGUCAAUUUCUGAUAGGCCAUCAUCCCAUGGAGUGAGGUUUAAAGAGCCAAAGGUGAAGCAGAGCCCUCUUGCAUUAAUAAAGCCCAAAGAUGAGCCACUCACAGAUGACAACACAUCAAAGGUUGUGGUGCCUCUUGCAGUGAUAAGACCAGAGUCAUUGACCAAUGGAGAUUCUUCAACUGAAAAUGGUCCAGUCAGCGAGGCUGCUCAACCGCUUGCAGUGGCCAAUGAUGAGUCAACAACAAAAUUAGAUAUUGCCUCCUCAUCUUCUGGGGAAAUCAAGAUUUCUCUGACCUGUAAUAUUGUAGGAAAACCUAACAUAUCUAUCACAGAUGUGGAUUCUGUAUUGAAAACAAUGGAAGAUAAAUGUCUUAAUUCGGUCAAACUCCUGGACCCAAGUAUUUCCAUAAAGAAACUGAUGAAAGAUAUGUGCGAGUGUCUUCUGGAUAAUGAAACCACCUCUACACCACCUGCUAAACCAUCCAGAAGAUGUUGUGUAGCUGAUCCAGACACUAAAGACAUGCCAUCCGACACCAAUGGCUCAGUCAAUGAAAGUCAAAGGGUCACCGAAGAUGAUUGUGAAAAUGGUGCUCAUAAUAAUACAGAGUCAAAUAACGAGUCAGUUUCUGAUGUCAUAAGGUCUACCCAUGAUGUGAAUGACAUAGCUAAAGGGCAAGAAUCGGUAAUAAUUUCAUUGGUGAAUGAUGUGAACAACGAGUGUCCUCCAUCUUUCCAUUACAUUCCCCAAAAUGCGGUUUUCCAGAAUGCAUAUGUUAACUUUUCACUUGCGCGAAUCAGUGAUGACAAUUGUUGUUCCACUUGUUUUGGUGAUUGUCUGACAUCAUCAACGGUUUGUGCUUGUGCACUGCAGUCUGGUGGUGAGUUUGCAUACACAAAAGAGGGUCUUGUGAAAGAGACGCUUUUAGAUGAGUGUAUAAAAAUGAACCGGGACCCUCAAAAACACUGUUUGUUUUACUGUAAGGAGUGUCCACUUGAACGAUCAAAAAAUGAGGGGAUUACUGAGCCAUGUAAAGGACAUUCUGUAAGGAGUUUUAUAAGAGAAUGUUGGUUAAAAUGUGGAUGCAAUAAACAGUGUGGUAAUCGUGUAGUACAACGUGGUAUACAACGUAAAUUACAGGUGUUUAUGACACCUGGAGGAAAAGGGUGGGGUCUGAGGACCCUUGAGGACCUACCUAAAGGUGCUUUUGUUUGUGAAUAUGUUGGAGAAGUGUUGACCAAUGCAGAACUGUAUGAUCGAGUUCAAAAAAGUUCAAAUAAGGAUGAACAUGCUUAUCCAGUGAAUCUUGAUGCUGAUUGGGCUGCAGAGAGUGAAUUAAAGGAUGAAGAAGCUCUUUGUUUGGAUGCCACUUAUUAUGGAAAUGUCGCUAGAUUCAUCAAUCAUCGGUGUUGGGAUCCAACUUUAGUGGAGAUUCCAGUGGAAGUUGAGAAUCCGGAUCAUCACUACUAUCAUCUUGCCUUCUUCACUACAAGAAAGGUGAAAGCCCUAGAAGAGUUAACAUGGGAUUAUGGCAUUGAUUUUGAUGACGAGACACAUCCUGUGAAGGCGUUUCGAUGCCGAUGUGGCAGCAGGUUCUGUCGAAACAAUAAACGUCCAAACAGACACAGAAGAAGAAGAUACACUUAAAGUUAAUAUCCGUUUUGAAGCUCAUCACUCUAGCGAUGGUGAUGCUGUUUCGUAUCUAUCUUAUGUAUUGUACUACAUGUAAUAACCAAAAGUCAAGGCUUAUUUUAGGUAUUUUCGUAGACUUUUUUUUUUGUACCAACAAAACCCAUAAAAAACAUUACCACUUUGAUCUCA